AAUUUCAAAGUUUCAAUAAAGAUUUAAUGACAAUUUCUUUAAGAAAUAGCUUGUUAACGCUAUCAGUGACGCACCAGCUCGGGUUUGGCUAAGUCGCAACUCUCUACGCGCGAUGAACUCGCUCUCGAGAUUUGAACUCGCGCUCUUGUGUAGAACCGGCGCGGUGGGAUUUCAAACACUAUCGCCCCUUUUGAAUAGUCGUGGCCGUAUCGGAGGGGGACGUUGCGUCGUAGAUCCCUGGCGAAGUCCGGCGACAGGAACGUUGAAUUUAACAGUAGCAACAUCGAGCUGCAUCAAACAUUAGUCGAACUUGACAGAGGUCAAGGUCGGGGACGCACGCCACUUCAGUCCUCAGAGCCACUCGCAGUGCCAUUCUUGAAGAGGACUCCUCCUCCUCCUCCUCCUCCUCCGCGCGCCUUCUUCGCUCGACGCUCUCAUGGCGUUCCCCUUCCUCCAACGGACGAGGGCCUCCCUCGUCCUCGCCGUCACCCGCUCAUGCCGUCGCCGCUUCACGUCCGCCGUUUGCAAAGGAGGAACGCCUUCCGCUCUCCCUCGAGAGCCAUCCCCUCCCGACCCGAAGCGGAUCCCUUUCGCCGUCUCGGCCCACGGUCGGACGUGGCAAGACCCCUUUCACUGGAUGUCCGACGUCGACGACCCCGAGUUCGUGGAGCACCUCCGCCGGGAGAACUCCUACGCUCAAGCUUUCAUGGCCGACACGAGGGAGCUUCAGACCCAGCUGGUUUCUGAAAUGAAGAGUCGAGUCCCGGCCGAGGUUCGUACUCCGCCGGAGCGAUGGGGUCCCUGGCUAUAUUACCAAUACAUACCCGAAGGGAAGGAGUUUCCAGUGUUAUGUAGGAGGUUGCAAGCUGACAAAGGUUGGGCAGAAGCAAUUCUUAGCUAUGUGAGAGGACAACAAGGAAGAGAGCAGGUCCUACUUGACUGGAAUGAAAUAGCAGAGCAACAUGGUUAUGUCCAUGUGGGUAUGUGUCGAGUUUCCCCAGACCAUAGCUUUCUCGCUUAUACCGUUGACGUUAAUGCAAGUGAGUCGUUUAAGCUUCAAGUCAAGGACAUAAAUAAGGGAUGUAUACUUCCAAAUAUCCAAGUUGAAAGGGUUGUUAGCGUGGCGUGGGCUAAGGAUGGCUCCACUCUCUUCUAUACUCUAUCCGACGAGCAUCAACGACCUUACAGGGUCCUCUGCACAAAUUUAAGAUCAAGUAAUUUGGAGAAUGCAGUGGUUUUCACAGAAAGAGAUUCUAAAUACUGUGUGGACAUCACAGGAACGAAAGAUGGCAAGUUUAUAACUCUUAAUUCAAGCUCAAGGAAUUCGUCUGAGGUUUAUGUUAUAGAUGCUGACAACCCUCUUGGUGGCUUGAGAAGAAUAUGUAAGCGUGUAUCUAAUGUAAGGUUCUUCGUGGAGCAUCACUAUGGUUAUUUCUAUAUUCUCACAAAUGCCCCUCUCUGUGAAAGUGUGGACUGGAAUGGUCAUGGUUAUUACUUGACCAGAUCCAUGGUUGAGGAUCCAGAGUUGGGCAAGUUUCAGAAUGUCAUCCUUCCUGGCGAAAGUAUCACUAUAGAAGACAUGGAUGUUUUCAAUGGACAUCUGGUGCUUUCCAUUGAUAAGCAAGGUGUACCUAUGUUAUGCUCCAUCAAUUUGCCCAUCAAUGUUAAUCCUGAGCAUACAAUGAUCCUGGAGCAUCUAAACCCAUGGUUUUUUCCUGUCCCUUCAAAUUUCUGCAGCAUUCUUCCUGGUUCCAACCAUGACUUUACGAGUCAAGCAUACCGUGUUGUGCUAUCUUCUCCUGUGAUGCCUGAUGUAGUUGUCGAGUAUGAUAUGUCAAGACGUGCUCUCUCCACCAUCCAACAGGAGGAUGUGAGGCGUGUUUCAGCUGAAAUUGGAUCGUCCACCACAGACUAUGUCAAAAACUUUGUCAGCCCUAUAAAUGUAGAGAACAUAAAGGAGGAACCCAACGAGAACAGUACAAUGCAGGGUUGGAAGGACUUUUCGGAUGUGUACUGCUGUGAAAGGAAGGAUGUUAUUUCCCAUGAUGGUGUCAGGAUACCUCUGACAAUUCUUUACUCUAAAACAUUGUGCCAGAAGGGAAAGUGUCCAGGCCUUUUGCAUGGAUAUGGAGCAUAUGGUGAAGUUCUAGACAUAAGCUGGUGUCCAGAUCGUCUAAGUCUACUCAACCGUGGUUGGGUUGUUGCUUUUGCUGAUGUCAGAGGCGGGGGUGGUGUUAAUUCCUUGUGGCAUACUUCUGGCCGUGGGGCAUACAAGCAGAACUCUAUUCAUGACUUUGCAUCAUGUGCUAAGUACCUUGUUCAUGAGGGUUAUGUUCGUGAUGAUCAGCUUUGUUCUAUAGGACAUAGUGCAGGCUGUCUUCUUGUGGGGGCUGCUAUAAAUAUGUAUCCAGGUCUCUUUCAUGCUGCCAUUAUGAAGGUACCUUUUCUUGAUAUAUGCAAUACAUUGUUGGAUCCUAAUAUGCCGCUUUCCAUAUUGGACCAUGAAGAGUUUGGAGAUCCUCGUAUCUUGCCGCAAUUUGAGUCCAUCAUGAGUUAUGCGCCUUAUGAUAACAUUCGCGAAGGGGGAUGUCAUCCGUCAACCCUUGUUUCAGCAUCAUUUCUCGACUCAAGGGUUGGAGUGUGGGAAGCUGCAAAGUGGGUGGCUAAAGUGAGAGAAGUUGGGUGUUCCCGCUGUUCACAUUCGGUAAUUUUGAGAACAAAUAUGAGUGCAGGACAUUUUGGUGAAGGUGGACACUAUAGGCAUCUUGAGGAAACAGCUUUUGACUACGCAUUUCUGAUGAAAGUUACUGGGGCUUUCAACAAGUGAUUUUGUAAGGCUUGAAAAGUGAAUCCUAUUGGUGAGAAAAAAGAAUGUAUUAAGGUUUGCACUCAACUAACAAGUUCCUGCUACACGCUCUACGUUUAUCACUGGCGUCAAGGGACUGCUGCAUGCUGUUACGGGAAUUUGGCACAUGUUAUAUUCUUACUGGAAACUAUGGGACAGUGGUAGGCACUCCAAGGGAAAUGGUUCUAUAUGUGAAGACACCCGGGAAUUCCUGUCCCUUUCUCGAGCUUCAGUAUGUAGGGCUGCUUGAUAUGCAGUCACCUGGAACUUAUGAGCAGUUAACUGCCCUUCGUGUGCUGGGAGUAGGAUUGCCAUCUACGAACGCUUAUCGAAGUUUCAAAGCCUGUUGUCUUUAAGCUUUAAUUUCUAUGCGAGAUAACGGGCCUCAAAUCUCGGACCAUUCUUGAUCCGAACUAAUGUUCCGAGUCUGUUGCAUAAAUUACACAGUUACAUGCUAAUCGUACAUGUCAUUGGCAUCCAUCAACUUUUGGCCCGGGGAACAUUUGCAAUCCAUUGUUAUCCAAGCUAUGGCUGCAAUUACAGGGAGGGUUGAUUUGCAAUUGCUCAAUCAAGUAAAUCGAUGGGGUAUCGUUUUUG